AUGGGCCGAUACGUGGUCAUCCUGCUAAUCGUGGAACGUGGUCACAGGCGAACUGGACUGGACCCUGGACUCUUCCCCAGAGAAGUGGUGUUAAAACGUGUUAAAGCUCCACCACCUAUAAGAGUGACCAUAGACUGCGGAUCUAAAGAAAGGGAUUCCCUUGGCGCAGCUCUGUCUGACGGCACAUUCACAGUGAAUUCUUUCUGCAAUCUCAUCCACAAUUCCAUACCCAAAGCAAUCCACGACGGAAGAGUCAUCCUUCUAGACGACGACCAAGAUGGCUUUGCAAACACCCAUGUACCUAUAUCCAUGCCGCCACCAAAAGGCUUCGUACCAAAACUUGAGCUACCAAAAUUCAGAGUUCCAAAAUUAAAAGUGCCAACGAUGAAAGUCCCAAAAUUGAAACAACAUUCUACUAUGAAAGCGCCUAUUGUUGGAUCUGCUAUGAGAUUCCCAAGUUUUAGAGAAGAAGAAGAAGUAACUAGUGCUGAGAGAAUGGAGAAAUUUAAGAAAGGAGUGAGGAAGCUGCUUCAUGUGGUGAAAGUGUUGGGUCAAAUUGACCAGUACUUGUCGGAAAGGACUAGAAUUAUUGUCGAUAAAUUGUCUAAGACUUUUGCUGAAUGA